AUGUCUCAAGACGCCUCUAAGAUUCAAGUUUACGUAUACGAUUUAUCUCAUGGGUUAGCAAGACAACUUAGUCCUGUUAUAUUAGGUUUCCAAAUUGACGCCAUUUACCAUACUUCGGUAGUUGUUCGCGGCAAGGAAUAUUACCUCGAUCAAGGAAUACAAACAAUUCCUGUAAACUCAGUUGCCCAUCCCAAAUAUGGCCAACCUAUAGAGAUAAUCGAAGUGGGGGAGACGUUUGUUGACGAUAGUAUUCUACAAGAGUUUAUCAACGAUUUGAACAACCAUGAUGAGUUGAAAUACCAUGCAAUGAAGUAUGAUUUAUUCACAAAUAAUUGUAAUCACUUUACAAACACGUUAAUUGAGUUCCUUUGUGACUCGCAAUUGGAAGAGAGGAUUUUGAAAUUGCCUGAUUUGGUAUUAAACAGUCCCGCGGGGCAAAUGUUGAAACAGUUGAUUGAAAACAAUGCAUAA